AAACGCCACGCGACUGGCGUUCGCGUCGCGUGAAUGAGUGGAUGAACCAACAACAACAAAUCGAAGCAAAAGUCGGAAAAGAAGUUUGGAUGUGUUGGAUGUGUGUGUAGUACAGUGUAAAUCAUGUUUAAGCAAACCCCAAUAUCGCAAAAGCCAAAGAUGAAAUCAACAGCAACAAGAAAUUGCUAGUCAUAAAAAGGGAAACCAAAGUGCUUCCAUCCAUAAACUUCCACAACUGUGGUAUCCACAAACCAAGGACGAACAGGAGGAGGAGUAGCAGCAGCAGCAGUACCAGCCAUGGCCUCCAGCAUCUCCCGGAACGGCGGCUUCUGCGGUGCACUGCAACGUGCCCCACCGCCCAUGCCACCAGGUCUAGCGCGACGACUCAGUAGCCGCGAAUGCUACGGCGUUGGCAAAGUGAAGGUUAUGCUGCGUGUAUCCGACAGAGCGCCGGAAAAGGACUCCAACGGGGAGCCCGAAUUCAUGGCUUUAGACAAAAAGAAGCGUCAAGUGACGCUCACCGAUCCCCGGAACGUGUGUCCGCCCCCGCAGGCAGCUCAGGAGCGAGGACCCAUGGUCGCUGCACCCAAAAUGUUUGCAUUCGAUAAUCUCUUCACCGCAGAGGAUAAACAGUCGGAUGUGUGUGCAUCGGCCCUCAGCGAAGUGAUUCCCGCGGUACUAGAGGGUUCGGAUGGCUGCCUCCUGGCGAUGGGCUACCCCGCCACUGGACAGCACCACACGGUGCUGGGAGGCGAUGUGGCAAAUGGGCAGGCAUGUUCUUUGGGAGCCGCCCCCUGUGCUAUUGCCUGGCUCUACAAGGGCAUCCAGGAGCGGCGUCAGAAGAGCGGCGCUCGAUUCUCUGUUCGCGUUAGCGCUGUGGGCGUCAGUGCCACCAAACCGGAUGCACUCUCGACGGAUUUGCUCAUCUCGCAUGCGGCUGAAUCUGACGACUCCCCGGGGAUUUAUUUGCGUGACGACUUCCUUGGCGGUCCAACGGAACUACGUGCACCCACCGCUGAGCGUGCGGCGCUUUUCCUCGACUCGGCUCUGGCCGGACGCUUAAAAAGUUCCGGUUCUACUUCCACGCCUGGAGGAGGGGGCACGGCCCCCUUGGAGUCCGCCCUCAUCUUUACACUGCAUGUCUACCAGUACAGCUUGUCCCGCAAGGGGGGUGUGGCUGGCGGUCGGAGUCGUUUACAUAUCAUCGACUUGGGCGGCUGUGCCAAUCGCAGCGGGGGUUUGCCCCUGUCUGGGAUCGGCAACAUACUGCUGGCCAUAUUAUCGGGGCAGAGGCAUCCGCCACACAAGGACCACCCGCUGACGCCGCUGCUCAAGGAUUGCCUGGCGCCCAUCACCUGCCACGUGGCGAUUGUGGCCCACGUCCUGCACGACCAGAGCUACCAGGAUGCCCUCUCCACCAUCCAAAUUGCUUCGCGCAUACAUCGCCUACGACGCCGCAAGCACCGCGUACCCAUGCCCCUGGCCGUGGGCCUCGCGCAAGGCCUCAGCGGCGGCUCAUCAGCUGGCUCUGGUGCGGAUCCCUCCAGCUCUGAAAUCUCCGCCGAUACAGUCAUCUAUAUGGGGCCCAAUGACGAUGCUACCGACGGCGAACAUCCGCCUGUCUAUCUUCCAUCACUCAGCGCUGGCGACAAUCGCGCGAUAAUGGGCAAGGCCAUGAAGGUCAGUGGUCUGGAGAAGCCCCCAACGCAGAUGAAAGCGGGACUCUCCAGUCCCAUGAUGAUGAAGAAGGCAAUGGCAGCAGUAGGGGAGAAGGUCAAAAAGCUUCCCGGAAAUAGUCCCAUUGGCAGCCUCAAACGUCAUGCAGGAGCAGGAGCCUGCUCGUCUCCUCUAGUCCCACACGAACAGCCGCAGCUGCAGCAACAGCAUUCGCCGAUACCCAUACCCCGACAUAUGGUAUCCAAGGGAUCCAACGUACCAUCGCCCAAAGGUUCUCCUCUACGUAGAGCGCACUCUGGUGCCCAUUCGGGGGCACAUCCAGGAGCAGCUUUGGAGCAACUUGAAGCAGGCAUGAGAAAGAUUACAGAGGAGCAAUGGAUUGAUGGACCACGAGUAUCAAGAGCCAAAGUGGCGGAGGCACGGCACCUGAUGCGCGAAGUGAAUCACGUGAAGCAGUGCGAGACGUGGGUGGAUGGACCCAAAUCCCUGUCCUGUCGAUCCCUCACGGCGGGAAAUCUCCCGGCGGCUGGAGGUCAGACGCAGGGCUAUGGCUUCAUGGACUCCCACAAGAAGACCAUGAUCCGUCAGUGGGUGGAGACCCAAACGUCGCAAGUCUUCCAGAGUCCGGCCACGUUAUCGGCCAGCAAUUCCCCCACGGCGCUACAUUGGAAGCUCUCGCAGCUGAAGCAGAAAUCUUUAGAUCUCCCCGAUAGAUCCGCAUUCGUUCCUGAACAAUCGAUGGAUCUUCCACAGCAGUGCUUCGAGAGUCUGCCCCUCCUCGUACAGGACAUGUCGCUGCCGCCGGAUGGCGAUGAGGAUCAGGAUAGCGGUCCCUCGGAGGUGCCACCCGCUCUUCCGCUGUUCGACGAUCCAUUGGGAUCCAGGGACAUCUCACACGACAGCCUGCACCGCAUGCUCUCGCGGCACGUCUCAAGGGAACAACUACACGAGGCUGAUCUCGUGGCCAGUCGUGCCUCCUCAUCGCAUCAUCAUCGUCCUUCAUCACAGCGCAGCAUCGAUUGUGGGCUGCAGGUCACGGAGGAAGAAAUUGCCCGCACCAUGGCCCGGGAGCAGGAGCAUUCAAUGCAUCCGCUUUCGGCUCUGAGCCACUGCGACAAUCUCUCCUUUGUGUCCAGCUUCAAUAUGGCCUGUGAAUCCUUCAGCGAGUGUGGAGAGAGAGCCAGACACCAGUUUGAUCAACUGGCACGCCUACACGAGAUCUUCACCUCCCAAUUGGCCAUGGCCGAGGUCACGCCCUCCGCCGCGCUCUUCCGCACGGACGUGAGCAGUGUGUUCAGCGAGCCCGUGUUCCGCUUCAAUGUUGGGCAGAGCAGCGUCUGCAGCGAGCCAGCCUACCGCCUGACGCCGAGUCCGCCCAAGCAGCCGUCGCACAGCCCCAGCCAGGGAUCGCUGCCGAGUCUCAAUGGCAUCAUGGAGAUUGCAGGAAUGGAUGACUAUGCCCUGUUGCGGCAGCCGGAUGGCGCCUCCGAUCCGAGUCUGCCAAAAAGCGAGAAACGUUUCGCCCCACAGCACGACGACAUCUGCGAGCUGGACGAGAAGGCAAUGGCAGCGGCGGUGGGUAAAAGAAACUCAUUGGAGGAUGCCCAGCAUAAGCUCAAUGAGAUUACGAACAUCCUGCCACUGGCGGCACAGUCGAGGCUGCCACUGCUGCCGCUGAACACCAGUUCGGAGGCGUACGACAGCGGUCAUGACUCCAACUCCACGCCGCGGACAUCGAAGCAUUCGGGCAUCUCGCGACGGGCGGAGAGCGGCUACCACAGUGUGGCCACAGUGCGGGACUCCGACGAGAGCAGCUUCGCCUCUGGCAUGUCCAAGGGUCAGCGGCAUCGCAUCACCAUAUCAGGUGGAGGAGGAGCAGUUGGUGGAGGAACCUCCACGGGUAACUAUCAGCGACAUGGCCAUGGCGGCGGCCACAAGAAACAUCGGCAUCGCCAUGAGGGCAGCGGCGCCGGCAACAAGGGCCUCUGCAACUGGCUUCUCACUCCCUUCUCCUGCACAUAUCCAGAGACUGAGGGUGAAAUCAGUGAUUUCUAGGAAGCAACAACAGCAACAUUAGGAGGAUGAGGACCAGUCCAAUCACCCACCAAAUGAAAACCAGAGCUAAGUCCAGCAUUCAAAUGGCCAAAAAAAAACAAAAUAAGAAAAAUAUCAUAAACAUCUAGGACGAGAUCAGAUUAAUGAUCGGAACGAUCACAAUUGUGUAGGAGAACGUAGGAGAACAGACACAUCCUUUGGUGGAUCUUUUGAUAGCGACUGAUUAACUUUUACUAGGCGACGGUUGCCAUACAAGACAAAGAAAACAAAGGCAACAAACAAACACAAUUUUUAAGUAAUCUAAUAACUAACCCAACAACUACCUUAAUUAUGAUAAUACGAUAAUAACUAAUAACUACAGUGCGUUUUGCAGCUAAAAGGCAGUUGAAAUGGGGUUGAAUGGGUUAUGAUGGAUAUGGCUGCAAUUACACAAGCGGUUUGGUUUUACCUGUCACGCGCUAUGCAGCAGCGCGGCUCAGUUGAUUUUCUAUUAAUGCCUGGAAUCUGUAGGAAUCUUUGGUUUGGCUGGUGUAACAUCAUUACAAUAUAUAGCCAUUUCCAUCUCCCGCAUAUCAAAUUUUUCAUGCACGAUUAUUUUGAUAGAGCCUCAUCUGAUCUAUUUAUACUAUUUUUAUGAACCCAAGAUUUAGUAUGAAUAAAGGUAAUAGAGAAAUUUUAUCACCCAUAUCAUUCAUUAGAGCCAAUAAGCAGAAAUUAAGACUUAGGAAAACUAAAAAGGACACAUACUCAUAUUUAUAUACACAUAUGUAUGUAUGUAUUCUAGAAAACCCAUCCUUGGUUCAAGUUUAUCCAAAUCGGUUAUUAAUAUCAAUCUAAAAUAAAGUCUUAGAAAUUAAUGAUUUUUCUAGGAUUUUAUAGUUAGGUUAUAGAUAGAGGAAUAUUUUCCAAUAUCAUAGAAAAAUAGUCUUUAUGAAAAUUUCUGUUUGUUUCCUUUAUUUAUGUUUCAUAAAAAUUAUUAGAAUAUAUUUUUUCUAGUGUUUCUUUUUAAGAUAUUUGAAGCUUACAGUCAUACAUGUCUUUCACUUAAAAUCCAUUUCAAAACGUUUUCAAAAUCUUCAGCUGUCUUAUAGUUUCGCAACGUACUGUAUAUGCGCUAUAAAUCAAUCGAACCAUUUGAAUCGUUCGACUCAUUCACUCACUCACUCACUAAAUACACGCAUAAGUUCAAACGGGGCUUUAAAAAGUAUCUUAAGUUGCCAGAUAGCAUAAUGGGGUACAUAUAUUAUUGGGAAUGGAAAUACAUAUGAUAUAAACCAGAAUACAUAAGGAAUUCUGAAAGAGAAAGAAAAUAGUAUAGAGAUCCCAAGCCGUUAGUAUCCCAAACUGUAUCUAUAAAAAAUAACACAAAAUAUAUAUACAUAAUCAGGCUACAAUCACAACAACUUUACAAUGCAGAGAUAAAUCUAUAUACAUACAACAUCUACAAUAUAUAUAUAUAUAUAUAUAUAAAGUAUAUAUACAUACACGAUAUAUCAUAUAUAGCUAUUUAUUGUUUUAGUUUUGAGUUAUCACAUAUCGCAUAAGUAUUGCUAAAUGUUGAAUGUUUGCUUAUUCAAACGAUUUAUUGCCAAUUAUAAGUUACACGAAAUGUUUAAAUUAAUUGUUAGUUAGCUAAAGUUAUUCACAUCUACUACGUAACCCAAACAAAACCAAAAAAAUAAACGACAAGAACACUCACUGACUAUAAGGUAGUAAAGAGAGAACGUUUUUUGCUAAAGUAGACAAAUGUUAAACAUACAAUUUUGUUGCCAUUUUUGCCUAAAUAAACUAUGUUACAAAACGAACAAAAAGAAAAUACAAUGAUGAAACAUGAGGAAAUUCAACAAAAAUAAAUCAAUAUAUAUAGUAUAUAUUUAUCAGAGAUAUAAAUAUUCUUUAAGCGAUUGGAUAGAUGGAUUUUAAGGAAAAAGCCCUAAUGCAAUAUUCUAUAAAUACACAACAUUAUAUUAUAAUGUUUAUUAUAACAUUAUUAAUAUAAUAUUUAUACAUACAUACAUAUAUGCGUAAAAAGAGUAAAACAAAAAAAUGAAAGAUGCCGCACCUACGGGAAUAUAGCUAAAUUCUACUUUUUUUUAUCAUCUAAGAAGCGUUAAGUAAUAUCUUUUAAAUGCCUUUAUUUUUUAGUCAUUAUUCAGCCAUUCAACAUCACACAUACAUAUGUAUGUAAAUCGUACAUUCAAUGAGAAAUGUCUAACACUAAUUAUAUUGCAUUAUCCAUUAUCCAUACGAUUAUUAUUCAACUUAUCGAGCGUGCAUAAUUAAUCACUGACAAAUCCCCCAAACGUAACUCGUCCACUCGCUAUGCUUUUAAAUUUUAUACGAUAAAAUCACCUAAGCCCCCUCCCAACAAAAAAAAGAAACACACGAAACCUAACUUCUUUCAAACCCAAAUUGCAAUUUGCAGCCUGGCACACACACACGCACAUCCACGUUCAACCAACGUGCAACAUGCAAAAUAUAUAGAAAUAUGAUGGAGUCGUCGACUUCGGCGCUGAAUACAGACUAAUUAUUUUUUA